CCAUUAUUUCUGCUGCUGUAAUUCCAUGGCGGAACGACGAGCAAUCACCAGCGAAGACGAAUAAAAAGACAAAAUUCCGCGGAUCUGAGAUCCAAAAAUUAUUUUCAUCUUCUCUGAUCAACCAAAAAAGUUGCAGUCAGGCAUGGAAUCGUCGGCGGCGCUUUUCAACCAGCUCAAGACAGCGGAGCCAUUUUUUGUGCUAGCAGGACCAAAUGUGAUUGAAUCAGAAGAUCACAUUAUGUACAUGGCCAAGCAUAUCAAAGCCAUCACUUCCAAACUUGGAUUGCCAUUGGUGUUCAAAUCGAGCUUCGACAAAGCUAAUCGGACAUCAUCCAAGUCUUUUCGUGGUCCUGGAUUAGCUGAAGGCUUGAAGAUUCUGGAAAAAGUGAAAACUACAUUUGACCUUCCAAUUGUGACAGAUGUUCAUGAAACAAUUCAGUGUGAAGCAGUUGGCAAGGUUGCAGAUAUAAUUCAAAUCCCCGCCUUUUUGUGUCGGCAGACGGAUCUACUUGUGGCGGCUGCCAAGACCGGAAAAAUUAUCAACAUUAAGAAAGGCCAAUUUUGUGCUCCUUCUGUUAUGUCAAACUCUGCAGAAAAGAUUAGAAUGGCUGGAAAUGAAAAUGUUAUGGUCUGUGAGAGAGGCACCAUGUUUGGCUACAGUGACUUGAUUGUCGAUCCACGAAAUUUUGAGUGGAUGCGGGAGGCCAAUUGCCCCAUUGUGGCUGAUAUAACACAUUCAUUACAACAACCUGCUGGGAGAAAGCUGGAAGGCGGUGGUGUCGCUAGCGGAGGCCUUCGAGAACUCAUACCCUGCAUUGGUCGGACAGCAGUUGCUGUAGGGGUGGAUGGAAUCUUUAUGGAGGUGCACAACGACCCUUCAAAUGCCCCAGUCGAUGGUCCAACACAGUGGCCUCUUCGCCACUUUGAGGAACUUCUUGAAGAGCUCAUGGCAAUAGCUAAGGCUAGCAAGGGCAAGCAAUCUUUCAAAAUCGAUCUCACUCCAUUCGGUCAAUGAGAAGCAUCGUAUAGGUGCGGAAACUAAAGUCCCGAGGCAACGGCACCCCCCUGCAGAAACUCGGUAUCUAUUUAUGUUGUCAAUGCAACAGUGAGUGAUACAUAUCCGAUUUCACCUCGGAAUCAAGCCUAUAGUAUUAUGUAUAUUUCAUUACUCAAAAUGCUCGUCUUUUUUCCCUCGUGAUUUGUUUAUGAAUAUGCUUCUUAAUCUAGUGAAUUAGUAAAAAAAUCGAAAGACAAUAGUGUAACGCAGUAUACAAUAUUACUAUGUCACAUGCAAUAUGUGUCGCUACUAUGCAUGAA